AUGUCAAGCAUUACUGACCCCAACAAUGAUCCCAAUGUCGGUUCUGCCCAAGGAAAUGCCUCGUCUACAUCGGGAGACGCUGUAAGCAGCCUCACUGGCGAAGGUGGAUCGUCAGCCACGGCGCUGAUGAUGACCUUGCUGCCAGCGUUGAUCUAUGCUAUUUUCUUUGUUGCUAUUUUCCUCAUCUUCCGACGGACGCAGCGUCGAUGGUAUGCACCAAGAUCACAUCUUCCGGAUAUUCAUGAGCAUCGUCGAAGUCCAGAACUACCCUCCGGUUGGGUGAACUGGCUCGGUACGUUUUUAAAGAUUGAAGAUAACCAUGUUUUGCACCACUCAUCGCUGGAUGGAUAUCUAUUUCUACGAUUCUUGCGUGUGAUGUGUGCAACAUGCUUCACUGGCUGCCUGAUUACCUGGCCGAUUCUAUUCCCCAUCCAUGCAACGGGUGGGAAUGGGAACGGUCAGCUCGACAUGCUCAGCUUCAGUAAUGUCGCGAACCCUACUAAAUAUUACGCUAAUGUGUUCGUUGCUAUCGUUUAUUUCACGUUUGUAUUCUAUGUCGUGACCCGUGAGAGUCUCUAUUAUGCGAACUUACGUCAAGCCUAUCUCAACUCUCCGGAAUAUGCCUCUCGAAUCUCAUCACGUACAGUUCUCUUCAUGUCGACUCCAGGCAAUUAUCAGAACGAGAAGAAGCUGCGACAGAUUUUUGGUGAUUCCAUCCGCCGGCUCUGGGUCACAUCUGACUGCGACAAUUUGGAGAAGAUGGUGAAUGAGCGUGAUAAGAUUGCAUUCAGAUUAGAAACCGCCGAAACCAGAUUAAUCCGAGCGGCAAAUAAGGCACGAGUAAAGGCGAUCAAAACGGGUGAAUUUUCAUCAGAUACCUGUCUCGAUUGCGAGUCAAGUAACCCUGCCGGAUCCCACAAAAUCAAACGUCCAACCCAUCGACUGAAGCUUUUCGGAAAGAAAGUGGACUCGAUCCAUUGGUAUCGGUCGGAGCUGGUCAAAAUCACCGAAGCGGUGUCUAUUCUUCAGAAGAAACACCAGGAUGGUGACGCGAAACAUCUUUCGGCAAUCUUCAUUGAGUUUAACUCUCAAUCCGACGCUCAGGUCGCUCUUCAGACCUUGUCUCACCAUCAACCUUUCCAUAUGACACCUCGCUUUAUUGGAGUCUCGCCGCAUGAAGUUGUGUGGUCUGCUAUCAAUCUCAGCUGGUGGCAGCGAAUUAUUCGUAAAUUCGCAGUACAAGGGGGCCUUGCUGCCCUGGUGAUCUUCUGGUCAUUCCCUGCCGCCAUUGUUGGAACCAUUUCCAAUAUCUCAUAUCUCGCCAAUCUCCUCCCUUUCCUCGGAUUUAUCGAAGACCUGCCUGAAUUUAUCAAAGGAGCGAUCGAAGGAUUGUUGCCGUCAGCUGCACUAGUGGCCUUAAUGUCACUGGUGCCAAUCAUCUGUCGCAUCUGUGCUAGACGAGCCGGAGUACCAUCCACAGCCCGGGUCGAGCUAUUCACACAGAGUGCGCAUUUCGUUUUCCAGGUAGUGCAGGUAUUCUUGGUCACAACAUUAACCUCGGCUGCGUCCGCAGCGACGUCGCAGAUAAUUAAAAAUCCUCUUUCAGCCAAGGAUCUUCUGGCUGAGAACUUGCCCAAGGCCACCAACUUCUACAUCUCAUACUUUUUGCUUCAAGGCUUGAGUACAAGUUCCAUGGCACUGGUACAAAUUGCGAGUGCUCUGGUGUUCAAAUUUGUUACCACAUUCUUCGCCUUUUCUCCGCGUCGUCUGUUUAGACGGUGGGCUGAGCUUGGUAGCCUGAGCUGGGGUAAUGUGUUUCCGGUCUUCACCAACAUGGGCGUGAUCGCUUUGACCUACUCUUGCAUUGCACCUUUGAUUUUGGGUUUUGCCUUUAUCGGUCUAUAUCUCGUCUACCAAGCCUAUCGCUACAACUUUUUGUUUGUCUACGAAAUCGACGUCGACACGAAAGGCCUGGUCUACCCGCGCGCUCUGCAGCAUCUCUUAACGGGUAUUUACCUCGCCGAAAUCUGCAUGAUCGGUCUUUUCGCUAUCAAAGGGGCGAUUGGCCCAGUGGUUAUCAUGGUACUUUUUACCAUCGGUACUAUCCUAGCCCACAUGUCCCUCAACGAAGCCCUUGCCCCAUUGAACACAUUUCUGCCCCGAUCUCUGGAUGCGGAAGAAGAGCUCUUCCAAGAGAAAGAGGAUGCUAUUGCCGAGAUCAAUGAGCAGCGUCGCCCACGGCUCUUGGCCUUCUGGAAAUGGUUCCAUCCGAAUGUGUAUAAGGAUUACGCUGCACUACGUCGCAAGGUGCGUCGCAAUGUUGCAGAGGUUGAAUACACCGAGGAAGAGGUCCGCACCGCCUAUUUUGAGCCAUGUAUUGCCGCUCCUGCGCCUACGCUCUGGAUUCCGCGGGAUAGAUGGGGGUUUAGUCGACACGAGAUGGUUGAAACAGACCCUGCCAUCAACAUCACGGAUGAAGGAGCACAUCUCAACGAGAAGAACAAAAUCGUGUGGGAUAAAUAUGAUCCUGAUCUUCCUCUCCGGGAAUUAAAGACUCCGUACUGA